AUGCCCGAAGUUGGCAACACUGAUCUUAGUUCCUCCUCGUCGUCGCCUCACUUCGAGAGGCGCAGUCUGAGAGUUCAGACGUUGGAGUCUUCCGGGAACAGAUUCUUGUUCGGUAACAGUGAAAUAACAAGGAUCAUGUCAUUUAAACAAGGGGCAAAUGGAGAUCAUUCCUCCGACGCCUUACUUGAGACUGUCGUAAGCCACGACUACCGGGCAGAAAUGAUGGAAGCUUUGGAGCAAGGUGAUGGAAAGACACUUCAGGCCAUCAUAGGUCACCUGAAACCUGAGGAAAUAAAUGGAAGUGUCACUCACAGUGCAGAAGGUGUCUUCAGCAUAGCGUCCGUUGAUUUACCACCGUACGCUCGAGAAGAUCUAUCUCAAAGGGAUGUAAUUACCAUCUACCCAGUUCACUAUGCAGCAAUGAUGGGUUACAAAGAUUGUUUGAAAAUCCUACUGGAUGCAGGAGCUGAUCCCAACGUUAAGGAUAGUCUUGGUCAGACACCUCUUCACAUCUUACCAAAAGGCAACUGGAAGUUUGACAACAAUCUUCAGGGCUGUCUAGAUGUCUUGCUUGCUCAUCAAAAAAUAGAUGCAAACCGACUAGAUUUAUCAAAGACUUCUCCAUUUUGUCGAGCUGAACAGCAUAAAUGGUCAUACAUGGUAGACAAGUAUAAAGAGGCUAGUCUUAACACUAACCAAAUAACUUUAGCUGAUGCCCUACUGAAUGGGAUUAUUGACAGAAAUCUAAGCGACUUCAAGAAUACCCUUGCAGCUAUAGAGAAUUCAGAUACUCUAGAUGAAAAUCAUGGCAGCUACACACUGCUGCAGCUAGCCUGCAGAAGUGGCUUGUAUGAUUUUGUGGUGGAGCUGCUAGGUAGUAGAGCAUGUCCUAUUACGAAAUACGACAGCAACAUCUUGUCUCCAGUGUCAUGGGCAACAAAGUAUGGAUAUCACAGAAUUUUACAUCUGCUAGUUAGGUCUGUGAAGAAAGAAAAUUUGGGCAACGCUUUCACAGAAUGUAACGACAUGGGUGAGACACCUCUUCAUCUGUCAGUGAUGCACUCAAACCCUCAAGAUUGUGAUGAAGUCGACUACUACCGUUGCUUAGAAAUUCUUCUUGAAAAGAAACAGUAUUUUAAUAUAGAUCAUGUGAAUCUUGAUGGAAACACGGCAUUGCAUUGUGCUGCUCUCUGUAAUAAUAUCAGAGCUUACAGCUUACUUUUGAAGGAAGGUGCUAACUCAGCCAUCACAAAUGUGCUUGGAGCUUGUUCCAUGCAGUAUAUAAGCAAGGAAGACAUGCUUCAAAUUCUGAAUGAUUUCAUAGAAGUUGAUGAUAAAACAAAAAUGAGUUACUGCAUAAAGCUCAACUAUAAAAUGAUUAAUAAAAGCAUUGGAUAUGUGGAUUCUGAAGACAAAGAAAUGACAUUUUUUAAUUCACUAACCAAAGUGUUUCAGGAUAAAGAUAUUUUAGAUCACCCAUUAUUUAACAUCUUUGUAUUCCUCAAGUGGAUGAAAAUAAGAAAGUUUUUCUGGCUGAACUUUGGAAUUCACUUUAUAUUCACUGCGUUGUUGCUUACAUAUAUUUUCAUAUUCCAUAGUUCUUUAGAAAAACAAGAGAGUGAGCACAGCAUUAUAGACAACGAUGCCUUACGUAUGUCCUUUGCUGUGAUUUUACUUGUGGUACUUUUCUUUCGAGAAGUCAUUCAGCUGUUUAUGAUGAAAACUCUAAAAGAGUACAUUUUAGAAGUAAAGAACAUCACGGAGAUAAUUACAUUAGUCCUGACCAUUCUACUGCUUUUUGUGCCAUUUACACAAAGUUUCAAAAUGGCUAUCGCUGCUUGGCUGGUGAUUUUUUCCGUUUUGGAGUUUAUCCUUCACUUGGGCCAUCUCAGGCCUUUUGCUGUGUACAUCACCAUGUUCAGAGAAGUUGCCUGGAACUUUUUCAAGUUCAUAUGCUUAUUUUCCACAAUCAUCCUAGCCUUCGGCUUCAGUUUCUACUUGAUGUUCCAGGUAAACGAAAAAUUCCGCUCGCUUCCAGAAUCCCUGGUGAAGACGAUGAUUAUGACCACUGGAGAGUUGGAGUAUGGUGACCUCCCCAUAUCGUCGUCUCUUCCUGUUGCGACUCAUUUUAUGUUGGUUGUAUUUGUUUUCUUGAUCAUGCUGGUCUUAGUGAAUCUCCUCAACGGUUUGGCUGUCAGCGACAUACAGGCUAUCCAGCGCAGGUCCCAAGUCAUCAGCCGCAUGAGUCUGGUGGAGCGGAUGACGCAACUGGAAAAGGCAUUCGCUGUCGAAAAUAAUCGCAACCCCUUCAAGAGCAUCUUCAGUCGACUCUUCAGCAACACACUCAUAAUGAAAAGCUGUCUUCCAAAAGCCUAUCUUCUUGUUUACGUCAAUCACAGUGAUGUUCAGUGCAAAUACAAAACAAAUGAUAGUUUCCUUUCGUCCAUCUGUGAAUGUCAUGGGUAUCAGCUGGAGGUUGAACAUAUCAAAGCACUGAGAGAAAUAGUCAUGAGAAAAAUGGUAACGUUGCAUAGGUAAAACGUAGCAUGUACGUUCGAACAUUUUACAAAUCGAGAUAACUUUUAUUUUAAUAAAUUAGAACACUAAUUUGAGGUCAGUUUCUCAUGAAAUUGGUUCAUCAUUGAGUACUACUUCAAUGUUAGUCUUAUACAUCGAAAAAAUAUCCAUACAAAGGAAGGAUAUUGCUUUAAAAGAUAAUUUCAUAUUAGAUUUAGAAAAGGCCUGCGUUUAUUUUAUUGAUAAAACAAACAUUAGUACAUAGACUAUAUAAUUUACGUAAUCUACGGGCUUUGAAUGACUGAGUGUGACAAUGAACACAGAUGUCCAGAAAUAUGUAUGUGCUUUUAUAGUAUGCACACAUACACACACACAUACACACACACACACA